UUUUCGUGAUUCAAGGAAACAUUUGGACUAGAACCUUAUUCUGUUACAUGAGUUGUAUGAACUGUAAUAUGCAAUCGUAAAUAUGCGUGCUUCUACACUGUGACGUAUCUGUGAGUGCGCGAUCAUGUCCGGUAAAGAGCAAUCACGUUCCACAAGUUCAAGCAUCGUAUGGGCGUCAGCGAUCGGGUUCCUUGGUGGUCUAGCUGGGUUUUUUGCAGGAUGGAACUGGAGCAGGAACUACCAUGGAGUUAUGGUUUCAAACGAUAACCGAGGGAGCAUUCGCGAAAACGCACUGUCACGUGCGGGAGUCAACAAUUUAUCGGACGUGUAUUGCUGCGUUGUUUGCUGGGAAAAGGAAAGGAACGUUAUUUUGAAUUGUGAGCAUUUGGUUCUAUGUGAUGCCUGUGCCGAGCGGGUAAUGGAUUGUCCCGUUUGUCGGAAGAAAAUCACUUCGCGGCAAAAUGUGCGACUCUUCUACUAAUUUGACGGCACAAGUUGAAGUUUUUGUUGAUCGACGAAUGGUAUGGAUUCCCUCCGAAUACUAUAUUGAUAAAGGGCAUUAAUCGUGUGUGUCAGGGAGAAAUGAAAACGCUUUUGGUAAGCGUAGCAGGGGUAAUUUAGAUCUUUAAAUUUGUUGUGAAAUUUUGUAUCCGAUGGAAGGAUAAAACGCGUGAUUAAACGAGAAACCCGUGGAUUGAAGAAUUGAAAUGUGGUUCUUUUAUUUAUAAGCAAAAGACUAUUCGAAAAUCAUGCGUUUCAGUGAAUGAAUCUUUAAUGCGUCCCUUAGCAUUAUUUCGCCGUAUGGCACAAAAUUUGAAAGUUAUUUUUGGGAGCGCAGUUCUGCACUGCCCUCUUUCUGGCUUCUAACUGUUUAUGUCUCUGGCCAUCACUAUCUUCCCGUGAAUAUUCCGUUACUGAUUCGAGAUUAUUUUAUCUUCCGGUGCCGAACUGAAAUGUUAAUUUGAUGUUAUUGGGCGAAACUCUUCUUCCCAAUCGUAUGCUUGGAGUCCCCGAGGUCCGUAAAUCACUUCGCUUUGAAUUUUCCGAGGCCUUUGCCGGCUUCUGGCUAUAUCGUAAUAACGUUUUCGUGAUCGUUUUGCAGACCAUUGUGUUGUGAAACGACUGUCAAUAUGUCGAAGCAGUUGGUAAUCGCGGUCGUUAUUUUUCAAUUGACUUUUGCUAGUGAAUUCUACGACAGUACAGACUACAUGAAGCGCGAACAUUCGCUCGUUAGACCGUAUUAUGGUUCGGGCAUGGCGAUGCCGCAUUGGGAUUUUGUUGGAUCCACGAUGGUGACUCCGAAGUAUAUUCGUCUCACCCCAGAUGCCCAGAGCAAACGAGGUGGACUGUGGAACAGCGUGCCUGUUGCGUCGCGGAAUUGGGAGUUCGAAGUUCAUUUCAAGGUUCAUGGCAACGGCAAAGAUUUGUUCGGGGAUGGAUUUGCUAUAUGGUAUACGAAAGAUCGUUUGAUAUCUGGACCGGUAUUCGGCAGCAAAGAUUUAUUCUCUGGCCUGGCCCUGAUGCUCGAUACUUAUAGCAAUCAGAAUGGCCCUCAUAAUCAUCCGCAUCCGUACAUUUCUGCCAUGGUCAACAACGGAACUAUGAGUUACGACCAUGACCGUGACGGAACGCACACACAGAUUGCUGGGUGCCAUGCCAAAUUCCGAAAUGUGCCGUUCGAUACUAUCGUGUCUGUUCGUUACCAGAAUGAUGUACUUACGGUGAAGACUGAUAUGGAAGGGAAGCGAGAAUGGAAGGAUUGCUUCGAAGCGUCUAGUGUUCUUUUACCGACGGGAUAUUUCAUCGGAUUGACUGCCGUGACGGGUGACCUGUCUGACAACCAUGACAUUAUUUCUGUAAAAUUCUAUGAACUCGAAUCUUCAGAUGCUGAGGAAAACUCCGAUCGGAGUAAGAUCACCCCCUCUGCUGCGUUUUUUGAAGCUCCACGGGACCACGUGGAUGAUCCGAAGCCUUCAUCGUUGAGAGGCUUGAAGAUGUUCUUGCUUAUCGUUGUCGGCGUUGCGGCAGUCGUCGGUUGUGUGAUUUUAGGGCUCUAUCUUUAUCACAGGAAUGAUGAAAUUUCGAAACAACGAAGUAUCGAGAUGGACAAAAUGUUAGCUUUCAGCAAUAAGACAAAAGUCAACAAAGAGUACAGGUGUAUGAUUCGCUUGCUUGAUGAACAAGAAGAAAUUCUGGAGUGUGAUUUUCAAGGUCAUCACAAAGGACAAUAUUUGAUGGACCAGGUUUGCUGCAAAUUAAACCUGAUGGAAAAAGAUUAUUUUGGCCUUCGAUACGUGGACGACACGAAGCAGCGGCACUGGUUGGACCCAACGAAAAAUAUCUUGAAGCAAGUGCAGCGCAUGAAUCCGAUAAUGUUUUCGUUCCGUGUGAAAUACUACCCGAAAGAUCCGUUUAAACUCCGCGAGGAACUCACCCGAUACCACAUAUUUUUACAAUUACGUCGUGAUUUGCUUCAUGGUCGUCUUUACUGCUCUUUCGAUGAGUCUGCCGAAUUAGGCGCCUUCAUCGUUCAAUCUGAAAUCGGCGACUACGAUCCGGAUGAACAUGGUCCCUCGUAUCUAGCAGAUUUUCGAAUUCAUCUGAAACAAAGCCCAGAACUUAUGGAAAAAAUUGAGGAAAUACAUAGGCAUAAGAUCGUUGGUCAAGUUCCUGCGACUGCCGAAUCGAAUUUUCUGAAGAAAGCGUCGCAAUUGGACACUUACGGCAUCGAUCCGCAUCCUGUCAAGGAUGCAAAUGGAGCUCAGUUGUACCUAGGUAUUAACCACUCCGGUCUUCUAACGUUCCAAGGUUCGCAGAAAACGAAUCAUUUUCGUUGGACAGACAUCAAGAAGUUGAACUACGAAGGGAAAAUGUUCAUCGUUCAUUUGACGUACAAUGAGGUCUGUAACAAUGUUAUCCCGCACCGUCAUCUGACGUAGAUUUUAUUUUUUAGUGAGCUAAUAAAAAAAUCUUUCUUUCGUCACUAAACCUCUUCGCUGCUUGCUCUGAAUGCCCCGAGUAGGAUGCGCGGAGAAAAGUAAGUAGCUCGUAGCUGCUUCACUCCACCGAAUGUAGAAAGUGCAAAUGCUAUGCUUGAUGAUCUUUCUCACGAAAUAGUUUCUGUACGGAUAGCUCAAACGUGAACAUGAUUCAUUCGUCCGAUUUAUUAGCGAGGAAUAGUUGGCAAGCGUUUACAGUACUGUACUUGCGGAAUGCUUCAAAUGGAUGCUUCAUGAGCAUCGGCCGUGCCCACACGCUUUGCUAACAUUCAGUCAUGGCGAAAGCUUGAUCUAGCUUUUAGUGAAUUGUUCUGUGUGAAUAGUUGUUUCGAUCGAAAUACUGUACCGUACAACCUGUGUGUGGUGUGCUUCGAUCAGCCUAAUGAUGCCGCCAAAAUUGUGAUCCACUAUGAUGAACCAUGUUAUUACUGUACUGUGCUAGUUUUCUCAUAUGAUGAAACAAUGUACUGUAUUCUAUCGUGGCUUUUGCAAGAAACCCCACUCGCUCGAUUGACAUGGGAGAACACUCUCUUUCGGGCAUGCUAAAAUAGUUUCAAAUUUGAGGGUUUUCUCAAUUCGAAAGGUAGUGAACUACUCUUUUCCUCUACUCUCUUGCUUCCGGUGUUCAAAAUUUUCUGGUUAUGAAAUUGUCUGGUCCUUUGGGUGACGUCUUUGGGAUGCUUCUGCUGCAGAGGAAACACACUGUCGGCUUCAAAUGUCCAUCGGGUCCUGCCUGUCGUCAUCUUUGGAGAUGUGCUGUAGAGCAAAGGAUUUUUUUCACGUGAGAUAUUCAUCGACUUAGUCAGCCGC